GAAAAAGAGUCCAGCGUUGACCAUGAAGGCUCUGUUGCUGCUGGUCCUGCCCUGGCUCAGCCCGGCCAACUACACAGACAAUUUGGGCAACCUGCACAUCCUCUAUUCAGAGCUGUGUAAAGGGGCCUCUCACUAUGGCCUCUCAGCAGACAGGAAGCGGCGCUCGCAGGAGGGCGAAUGCACCGACAGCACGUCAGAACUCACCAUCGCCACGCUGCCCAACGACGGCCCCACUUCUGCCGCCGUGGCUCUCCUUUCAGACGAGCCGGGUCUGGUCAACCCCGCCUUCGACCCCAGCAUGGAGGACAACAGCCAGUCGGGCAGCACCACCAGCCUGGCCGCCCGCAGCAGCACCAAGAAGAGUGAGUUCAGAAAUUUCGACCGUUCUUCAGUGAGAAGCCGCUCCUUCAGAAGGUUGAACCGGGCGUUCAGUGUCCUGCGCAGGACAAAGAGUGGCAACGCAGUAAGCAAUGAGACAUCUGAGGAGAGAGACAAUGCCAGGAAUUCCACUGUGCCACAGGAAGUGCUGGCUCUUCCUCAGCUGCAUCACCUGAUCCCUGAUGGGGAACUUACCAGUAUUAAGAUCACGCGGGUGGAACCCUCAGAACCGCUUGCCAUCAGCAUCGUCGGCGGCAAUGAGACCCCCUUGGUUCGCAUCCUCAUCCAGGAUAUCUACAGAGAAGGUGUCAUUGCUCGGGAUGGACGUUUGCUGCCCGGGGACAUGAUCCUGAAGGUAAACGGCAUUGACAUCAGCAACGUACCCCACUGCUACGCCGUUGCAACCCUCAAACAGCCCUGCCAGCUCCUCCGUCUAACCGUGCUCAGAGAACAGCGCCACCGUUACCGCUCACAUUCACACAGCCACCCACAUGGCCACGGGCACGGCCAUGAUGUCGCCGUCGGCCACCCGUCUCACGGUCUGCCCCACCAUCCCUUGAGGGAUGAUAGCAUCCAUGUGGUCCUAAAUAAAUCCACUCCAGACGAGCAGCUGGGCAUUAAGCUUGUGAGGCGGCCAGAGGAGCAUGGCGUCUACAUCUUUCAUCUGCUGGAGGGCGGACUGGCAGCACGUGAUGGACAAUUGUGUGUUGGCGAUCGCGUGCUGGCCAUCAACGGCCACGAUCUACGUUAUGGAGCACCGGAACACGCGGCUCUGCUCAUCCAGGCAAGCGAGGAGGGUGUCCACUUCAUCGUGUCCCGUCAGAUCUGCCUGCCUACCCCAGACAUCUUACAAGAAGCUCCGUGGGGCAUGGACGGUCCCCCACCAUAUUCCCCUGUGGAUAUAGAGCAAACGCUACUGGACUCUUGUCAGAAGCCUGCAUGCUAUGAGAAGACAGUCACACUGAGUAAGGAGCCGUAUGACUCUCUGGGUAUGACGGUGGCGGGCGGCAUGUCCAGCCGAGGAUGGGACCUCCCCAUUUACGUCACAAAUGUGGACUCUGAUGGAGUGGUGGGACAGGAGGGCUCCAUCCGCAAAGGUGACAUCUUGUUAAACGUGAACGGGGUGGACUUGACGGGGGUGACGAGAGGCGAAGCGGUGGCCAACUUGAAGAACACAUCCUCUCCCGUUGUGCUCAAGGUCUUGGAGAUGCGUCCUCCGGAAGAAAGCAUGCAAGAGUGCACAUUGCCGCCCUGUCUCGCACCCUCACCCACAGACAGCAUCAAGAGCCCACUGCCCAAUGACGAUUACUCGCCACUGUGGGUGUCAUGGCUGCAGCUACCCAGGCAUCUCUACUGCUGCAAAGACAUUGUCCUGCGGCGGAGUACUUCGGGCAGCCUGGGCUUCAGUAUCGUGGGAGGUCAGGAGGAGGUCAACUGCAAUCAAUCCUUUUUUAUCCGCUCCAUCGUGGAGGGGACGCCAGCCUACAAUGAUGGCAGGAUAAGGUGUGGGGACAUCUUGCUCGAGGUGAACGGAAAGAGUACAUGGGGGAUGACCCACACAGCGUUGGUACGCCUUCUAAAGGAGCUUCGGGGCAGAAUCACCCUGACCAUCGUCUCCUGGCCGGGCAGCCUGCUGUAGCAGUGCUCCAAGUCAUCCGGCGCUGCUUCAGUGGCACUGACCAAGGAAUGUGGAAGGCAGAGCUUUAGACUGGCUGACCACCCUAAGCUUGCUGUGUGGGAGAAGCUUAGAAUAGUGCUAUAGCUGUGUGGAUAUCUCACUUCUGAUGGACAGCUGAGACUUUGCCAGGAGUUUAGAGAGGGACAAACAUGAGACUGGAUUUUAACCAGAGGUUAACUCGCCCCCUCCAAGAACGCUGAACAGGGAGGAUCCAGGCCUGAGCCACUUCUGACUGGGAUGUUAUCUGUUUAGAGGACACGGUCUUUCUCUGGCACAGCAUCCAGUGCGUGGGGUGGGUGGAUCGAGAGGAGACACAACACGUUGCCAAUUCCAGUAGUUAUAUAUUAGGGUAUGCGUUAAAUUGGACUCACAUUUCUUUACUGUAAAUGUUGGGUGUCUAAAAAAAGUACUGAUCCAAGCACUUGUAAUACGUUUCUUUUGUUUGUUUGUGGUAUGGCCUUUAAAUAUAGGCUCCAUUCUGUUUGUACUGACAGUGGUUGUCAUCUUCAUUCGUUGACCUGAAGACACGUUGCCAAGUAGUAGUAUGUGUUGAGGUUUUUCUUUUUCUUUUAUUUCAGAAGCUAUGGCUAAAUUAUCCAACCACUGGCAAUAAAAAUAUAUUUAAAAAAAAUAAAGGAUCAAUGUGUUCAUAACAUGUUAAAAAAAUAUUUAAUUAGGUGACAUUGUGGAGGCCUUACUAAUUUUCUUACUUUUAAGAAAAAAAACUGACUUCUGUGUAUCAGUGGAUGGUCUGAGGCCCAUCUACUGUGGUUCUGUCUGUCACGCUUCGGCCUGUGUAGUAUAUCUGAUGGUACAUUUGGUUAAAAGAUCAAUAAAGUCAUUUGAAAAA